UAACAUGCAAAUUCGAGCGAAUACCAACUCGAGCGGAUGAUGAAAGGCAAAGUGAAAGACAUCAAUGUAUCAAGCGGCUGGAUUCUAAGUCUAUUUUGAGAUUCCAAUAUCAAAAAUAAUAAAAUGGCGCCGAUUUCACAGGACAAUAUGGACGAAAAAGGGCAACGGACAGCUGUUGUAUUCAACAUAUCCAAGAAAGAAAUCUUCACACCAAAUAAUGGCUUCAAGAGCCUAAACAAGAAACUUCGCUCCAAUUGGAAGAUACUAAUACAGAAAGAUGAAAUCACCGAAGACAGGCUUGCCAAUUGUAAAGUAUUCAUAAUUGCAGGUCCAAGAGAAAAAUUUACAGCACCUGAGUUUGAAGCAGUCAAGAAAUAUGUAGAAGAUGGGGGAAGUCUGCUGGUGUUGAUGGGAGAAGGAGGAGAAAGUAAAUUUGAUACCAACAUAAACUUCUUAUUGGAAUACUUUGGAAUUAUGGUAAACAAUGACUCUGCUGUACGGACAUCUUAUUACAAAUACUUCCACCCUAAGGAAGCAUUGAUAUCCAAUGGUGUCUUGAACCGAGCAUUCAGCAUAGCAGCAGGAAAGACAUUACCCAACAUGUCCGAAGAGGACUCAUCUGCACAUGCUCAAGCACUGACCUAUUUGUAUCCGUACGGAGCAACUCUUAAUGUAGACAAAUCAGCAAUAGCAGUCCUCUCUACCGGAAGUGUUUGUUUUCCUCUCAACAGACCAACCUGUGCAUUACACUCAUCAAAGUAUUCUAAAGGUAAAGUUGCAGUGCUUGGGUCAGUGCACAUGUUUCAAGAUCAGUACUUAGAUAAGGAGGAGAAUAGUAAGAUUAUGGAUGUGAUAUUCCGAUGGCUGACCACAGAUGAAAUCACGCUGAAUGCAAUAGAUGCUGAGGAUCCAGAGAUUAAUGACUACAACAUGCUACCAGACACUGCAAAACUAGCAGAACGACUUAGGUCAUGCCUGCAAGAGAACGAUGAUACGCCCAGGGACUUUAACGCCCUGUUUGACGACACACUCUUUAAACUAGACACAACCGUCGUGCCUAAAGUAUUGAAAGCUUACGACCAGUUGAAAGUGAAACAUGGACAGCUAAAGUUGAUCCAGCCAAGCUUUGAAGUGCCUCUACCUGCACUACAGCCAGCAGUUUUCCCACCAGAGUUUAAAGGAUUACCUCCACCAGCACUGGAUCUGUUUGAUCUCGAUGAGGCUUUUUCAUCUGAGAAAUCAAGGCUUGCACAGAUAACCAACAAAUGUAAUGACGAUGAUCUUGAAUACUAUGUACGGGAAUGCGGUGAGAUCUUGGGAGUUUCCAAUAAGUUGCCAUCAGACUCACGGAAUGCAAAACAUAUUCUGGAGCACAUUUUUGCUCAGGUUGUUGAAUUCAGAAAAUUAAAUCAGGAGGAUAGUGAUAGUGGAAGGUAUUGAAGUAUUCCACCAUACGAUAAAGAGGAUGAUAGUGAUGAUGGUGACAUAUUCACAACAAGUGCAGUAAACAACAUUCCAAGACCCUAACAGUGUACAGUACAUUAUAUUCUUUGAAAUACUAGCAUUGUUGCUAUUUUCUUUUCUUUUUUCACCAUAUUUAUAAGAGAUGACCCUCCUAGUUUAUCCUAAAAGGUCAACGGCUCUUUUAUGAUAUGAUGUUAUAAAAUAAGUCUCAAUACGAGGCUUUAGGAGUUGACAUAUUUUUUUGUUGUUGAGAAUACAUCCUGCUGUCACACAAGAUUUGGACCCAGGACCCUGGCGUGGAAAGGCAAGCACUAUGACCAUUAAGUUAACCAGGAGUUUAAUGGUUUGGGGUUCAGGGGGUUGAGAAGAGCUGGACUCCCACAAUGAUAUAAUUUUUUUUAAACAUUAGUGUUAUUAACAUUAUUGUUACAUUUUAUUAAUCAUAUGAUAUUAAGAUCAUAAUAACUGUUAAAAAUAUUAUAAUUGAUAUUGUAUAUUGUUUUAGUAUAGUAUAAUUAACAUAAGUAAUUGUGACAAUAAUGCUGAUAUUAAACAAUAGUUAUUAUAUAAAAUAAAAUAUUUAUAGUGUCCAGAAUUUCAUCAAUAAUUUUUUCUUAGCAUAUCCUGGUACCCUUCAAAAUACUAAUACUAAAGUUUACAGUUUAUUUUUUACAGUAAUGUAAUAUAAUAAUACUGUAUAGUAUAUUGACCUGUUUGUCCAAACUCAUAUUUUAUAUUUUUCAAAAUUUACUCUGUCAUUCCAUUUAUUAAGUUAUAGCUUAAUUUAUACAAUGCUAAUUGCUAAUAGCAUGUUCAAGUAAGUUUACAUCUGAAAUAGUGUAAACCAAUUGAAUACCAUAUACUGUACAUAGGCGGAUUUGGGGCGGGGGAAGCCUACCUGGGCCUUCACCACCAACGAUUUUCUGAAAAUUUUAAAAAGAAAUAGGGACUAAAAAGUAAAAUUUUAAGUCCGAGAGUGGCAUUUCAGACUACCUCUAGCUCCCAUAGACAUACAAUUUCAUACCUUGAUACCCACACUUGUUGGAGCCAAGUUAUCUGGACUGGUAUUAAUGAAAACUUAUUUGUAGUUCUUUUCUAGCUAUCAUUAUAUUCGUAUGUACAGUACAUUUUAAUUGCGAGCUUUAAAAUUUUUUUUGAGAUGACACACUUCUCGACAACCUAUUGACAGGUAGAGAGCAUGCGUAGAAGAUUACUCUAUUUAAUUUGAGCCAACAAAAAAUAGGAUGACAUUGUGAUGCUUUAAAUGUGUUUUGUAUUUUGAUUUUUGUGUAUAUAGAAAUAAAGUUAGCUUUAUAGUGAAAUA